AUGAAUCUGUGGACGGAUGAGAGCAGCUCGAUGAUGGAAGCGUUCGUGGCGUCGUCGGAGGCUCAGGGAUUCGCCUGGCCGGGUUCCGGCGUGGCGUCGUCCUCCUCCGAUCCUGCGAGGAAAUUCCUCGCGGUGGCACCGCCGCCGCCAUCGCCGCCGCCCAUGGCGGGGAUUGUGAACCAGGAGACGCUGCAGCAGCGGUUGCAGGCGCUGAUAGAGGGGGCGAGGGAGAGCUGGACCUACGCCAUCUUCUGGCAGUCCUCUGUGGACGUCUCCAAUGGCGCCUCCUUCCUCGCGUGGGGGGACGGCUACUACAAGGGUUGCGAGGAGGACAAGAGGAAGAUGCUGCCGUCGCCGGCGACCAGCGCCGCCGACCAGGAGCACCGGAAGAAAGUGCUGCGGGAGCUGAACUCGCUCAUCUCGGGGGCGGCGGUCGCCGGAGAGGACGCCGUCGAUGAGGAGGUCACGGACACGGAGUGGUUCUUCCUGGUGUCGAUGACGCAGAGUUUCCUCAACGGCGCCGGCUUCCCAGGGCACGUCCUCUUCACGGCAGCGCCGGCGUGGGUCGCCGGCACCGAGCGGCUGGCGGCGGCGGGCUGCGAGCGCGUCCGGCAGGCCCAGACCUUCGGCAUCCAGACGAUGGUCUGCGUCCCCGUCGGCGGCGGCGUUGUCGAGUUCGGCUCCACCGAUCUGAUCUACCAGAACAUCGAUAUCGUCGACAAGGUCAAGGUCCUCUUCAACUUCAACUUCGGCGGCGGCGGCAGGUUUGGUGCGGCGGCGGGGCCCGUGGUGGCGGCCCCGCCGUGGCCGGCGGCUGUGGCCGGAGACGAGGGGGAGAACGACCCCUCCGCCAUGUGGAUCUCAGACCCUGCCGUGGUGGAGAUCAAGGGCUCCAUGUUUGAGAACCCUAGCAGGAGCAGCCUCACCGGCAGCGGCAGCUCGGUGCAGCCGCAGCAGCACCGCCAGCAGCCUCAUCCUCAUCAUGUUCAUCAUCGUCAUCAUCAGAGCCCCGCCAUUAACAACCCUCAUUCCCAGCAGGGCCCUUUCACCAGAGAGCUCAACUUCUCAGAUUUCGGCCUGAACCACUCCAAUCCGCUGCAAGCGCUGAAGGCGGAGUCCGGGGAGCUCAUGAACUUCGGGGAAAGCAAGAGGAACUCCGUCGCCGUUGCCGACGGCGGCGUAUUCGGCCGCCAGGCGGAGGACAGGAAGCAGACUAAGUCGGCGGCGGCGACGGCUGCGACGUCUAAGCUGAGCAUCGACGAGGGUAUGCUCUCCUUCACGUCGGCGGCGGUGGUCCGGCCGGCGUUGAACGAGGCGGCGAAGUCCGGCGGCGUGGGGAUCAGCGGGGACUCCGGCCACUCCGGCCACUCCGACGUCGAGGCGUCAGUGCGGGAGGCGGAGAGCCGGGCGGCGCCGGCGCCGGCGCCGCCGGAGAAGCGGCCAAGGAAGCGGGGGAGGAAGCCCGCCAACGGGAGGGAGGAGCCCCUCAACCACGUCGAAGCGGAGCGACAGCGGCGGGAGAAGCUCAACCAGCGGUUCUACGCCCUGCGGGCGGUGGUGCCCAACGUCUCCAAGAUGGACAAGGCCUCCCUCCUCGCCGACGCCAUCGCCUACAUCAACGACCUCCGCUCCCAGUUGCAGUUGCUGGAGUCGGACAAGGAGGCGCUGCAGAACCAGAUAGAGUCCUUGCUGAAGAAGGAGAGGCAGCCCCCCCCGCCGGAGCUGAAGACGACCGCCGCGGCGGCGGCGGUAGCGGAGGUGGACGUGAAGAUAAUUGGCAGGGAGGCGAUGAUCAGGGUGCAGUCGAAGAGGAAGAACCACCCCGCCGCGAGGUUGAUGAUGGCGCUCAUGGAGAUGGAGCUCGAGGUGGUCUACGCCAGCGUCUCCGUGGUCAACGACCUGAUGAUCCAGCAGGCCACCGUCCGCAUGUCCGCCGCCGCCUCUUACACCAAGGAGCAGCUCAGCUCCGCUCUCUUGUCCCGCAUAGCGGACGCUUCCGACCCUCGGGUAUUGAACCAGAGAUAG